UCGUUAUUUUUUCUCUUUCUAAAAAAACGAUUCCCUACCAAUACCAUUUCAAUAAAACCCUUUCCCCUCUCCCUCUCUCUCUCUCUCUAAAAGAAGUCGAUCCCUUUGUUGAAAAGGGAAAGGAGGAGAAAACAAUGGCGAUUGUGGAGGAAGGUAAGGAGUUUGAGACGUGCGUUGUGUUCGGUGGUCGAGGAUUCAUCGGCAAACCGCUUGUCGAUAGGCUUCUUCGACUCGGCAAUUGGAUCGUACGAAUCGCCGAUUCUUUCCCCACUAUUCAACUUGAACCCUCCGAGUCCCUCCUUUCCCAUGCCCUUUCUUCUGGACGCGCUUCAUAUCUCCAUGUCGAUGUUCGUCAUAAAUCCAAUAUUAUUACAGCUAUUGAUGGUGCAUCAGUUGUAUUUUACAUGGAUGCUAGGGAUUCAUACACUCAUGAUUUCUAUAUUAGCUACACAAUUAUUGUUCAAGGUGCCAAGAAUAUCAUUUCUGCCUGUCAAGAGUGUAAAGUCAAAAGGCUAUUAUACAACAGUUCUGCUGAUGUAGUUUUGAACAGCUGGCAGGAUAUACAUGGUGGGGAUGAGUCCUUACCAUAUUCCAGUAAAUUUGUGAACAUGGUAACUGAUCUUAAGGCUCAAGCAGAGGCUCUAGUUUUAGUUGCAAAUGAUGCUGAUGGCCUUCUUACUUGUGCACUUCGUCCCAGCUAUGUUUUUGGACCUGGAGACAAUUAUCUCUCUUCUUUGCUGGUCGGUGUUGCAAAAUCUGGCUGGGGCAAGUUUAUUAUAGGACUUGGUGACAAUAUGACUGACUUCACCUAUGUGGAGAAUGUUGCCUAUGCGCAUAUAUGUGCAGAAAAAGCUCUAAGUUCUAGGGGGAGCCAUGUAUGUGGCAAGGCCUUUUUCAUCACUAAUCUCAAGCCGAUGAAGUUCAAGGAUUUUGUAUCUCUUGUAUUUCAGAGAUUGGGAUAUCAAAGGUCGAUUAUCAAGAUUCCUGCUAUGGUUACCCAAUAUAUUACUUUGAUCAUAAAAUGGAUCAGUUCAAGGAUGAGCAACUGGAGUACUGAGAAUGUGCCAGUUUUUGAUAUUAUUGAAUUAGCAUUGUGCCAUAGGAGAUUUAAUUGCUCGGCAGCUCAGAAAUACAUUGGAUAUUCUCCAGUUGUUUCCCUUGAAGAAGGAGUUGCGCUAACGGCCAAGUCCUCUCAUUUAACCAGAGAGUCAUCUUUCUCAAGCUAUAGCGACACCGAUGAGGAGUCAAAAGUGCAUAAACUUCUAGGAGGUGGAAAAGUUGCAGAAAUUUUAUUGUGGAGAGAUGAGCAGAGAACAUUUACUUGUUUCCUUUUGCUGGUUUUCAUCCAUUACUGGUUCUUCCUGGCCGGGAGGAGUUUUCUUUCAUCUCUUUCCCAGCUUCUACUGAUGAUUGCUGUUGCUCUCUGGGGAUACAGCAUUCUUCCACCAACAAUAUAUGGGAUUUCAGUUCCCAGAAUAUCAUGGUCCUUCUUUGAGAUCUCUGAAGUGGAUAUGAGAAAUUGCUUUUACAACGUAGCAUAUAUGUGGAACAGAGUGAGUCAUUUAGCAAGGUUACUUGCCCAAGGAGAGGAUUGGCAUAUAUUUCUGAAGGCUGCAAUACCCCUAUAUGUUUUGAAGUUGGUUAUUUCGGAUUGCUUGACUUUUGCACUUGGUAUAGCGCUAGCACUGGCAUUCACUUCAUUCCUCAUUUAUGAGCAGUAUGAGGAUGAAAUUGAUAGUACAGCAAAUGUAAUAUUCAGCAUAUCAAAAGUUGCCUUUACCCUGCUGAUGAGGAGGUUACCCUUGCCUCCGGCAUUGCUCCAUUCUGAUUCAGAAAUCCAAUCUUCUAGAUUGAAUAUCAAGCAAUGAGGUGUGCUAAUGCUUUACUCACUCGUAACAACAUACAGAGUAAGAGUGGUGUACAUCUUCCUGGCUCAGUUUCCUUAUUUAGAUUGUGUGACCUCUUGUACAAGUAGUUUGUUUACCCAAUAUGUAAAGGGUCGGUUGAUCUGUAUCCUAUUGAGAAACUCAAGUCCCCCACCACCUCAUUCCUCCCAUAC